CAAAUGCCAAUUGCUUUCUUCUUUCUUUCUUUCUUUCUUUCUUGUAAGAAACGAUUUUUUGUUUUGUUUUUUUUGUUUUUUUUUUUUCCGAGAUAUUCAAGGUCUAAUAACACACACAAAUACCACCAACCUGGGAUUAUCGUUAUCAUUAUAUUUCACGCUUCCCUCUGGCUUCUUUGCUCUCUUUUUUGUUUUUCUUUUUUUUGUCUGUUUUUCUGUCCAGCCGCCUCAAAGCCUCAGCCUUUUUCAAUCCUAAUCCCCACCUCCUUUGAGUUCAAAUUUCCUUUUCUUCUAAAUACCAGUUUGCUUGGACCUGGAAUUGGGUUGUUUGUUUCUCAUGUGGAUGAAGAGUUUGAUCAUAUGUUGUUUUUUAGAGAAUAGAGAAUAUGCGCCCUGCUUUAUUUAUUCAAAGAUCAGAUGCAAAUCAGCUGAGCAACUUGGUGGCUUCUGAAGCUAAAUCUUUGUCUUUUCCAGUUCUUUCUACCUCUUCCGAAGACAAGUUCCCCAAACUGCCAGAUGCUUAUCAGCCUUGCUCACAAAGUGAACUGAUGCCAAACCCCACUUCAAGACAGGCUUCUGCAUUAAGUUCCAGUGGUGGGACUUGUGGUCAUUUGUUUUCAUCACCCUCCAUAUUCCCAAACGGCAGUAAUGUAUCUUCAGUUUUUCCUUAUGAAAGGCGUCCCCAAAAUUUUCCUUUAAUUUCUCAGUCAAAUGAUGGGAAGGCAUUGCAAUCAAUCCACGCCUCUCAUUCAGAAAUGCUAUCAACACCAUUGAUUAAUCACACUGAAGAAAAUAAAGAUGUUACCUGGUGUCCAGAUUCAAUUCAGGAUUUUCUUGAUUUUCCUGAAAUGGCCUCUGUCCAGAACGGUCCUAUUGAAAGCAGCACUGGUGGUGUCAUGACAUACGGAGACCAUGCUGAAAAGACUGACUGGCCAGAUUGGGAUCAGUUUCCUACUGAUGAAGUUCUUGAUCAAUAUUUGGCUGGGUUUCCUGAUGAUGUCAAUACAGAAGAUUCCAAACCAAAGGUACUUGAACAAUCUUCUGAGACAUUGAUACAACAACCCCAAACCGAUCAUCAUCAGCCAUUACAGGCUGCAGAAAUUUGUUCUGUCCCUGAUCCAUCGUCCACCGCACCCUCAAACAAACCCAGAAUGCGAUGGACACAAGAACUCCAUGAGUCCUUUGUGGAAGCGGUCCAUAAGCUCGGUGGUAGUGAACGAGCUACUCCAAAGGGUAUCUUAAACCUGAUGAAAGUUGAAGGCUUGACAAUAUAUCAUGUGAAAAGCCACUUGCAAAAAUAUAGAACAGCAAGAUACAAACCUGAGUCAUCAGAGGGAAAUUCAGAGAAAAACACAACUCUUCCAGAAGAAAUGAAAUCUUUGGAUGCAAAAGCGAGUAUGGGGAUCACUGAAGCAUUGCGCUUGCAGGUAGAACUCCAGAAACGCCUUCAUGAUCAACUUGAGAACCAAAGAAAAUUGCAGUUGCAAAUUGAAGAACAAGGGAAGACCCUUCAAAAGAUGUUUGAGCAGCAUAGAAAUGCCUCAUCCUCCACCUUGGAUGAUACCAAUGCUUCACUGUCUAUAAAUGGCAAGUCAGAAACUACAGAACAGGAUCAUUCCAAAACAGGAAAUAGCACUGGUAGUGCCAACACCACACAAGAAAGUUCCCAGGAAGCAAGUUUGAAGCAAAAGUCACUAGAAACUGAAGCCGGUGAGAAACCUGACCCACGUGAUAGUGAGACUGGUUCCCCAGCUACAAAACGUGCAAGGAGUGGAUGAAACAGCAGAUUCAGUUGAAUUUUGUUCUUGUUCACAUUUAGAUAUUGUGGGAAUUUUCUGCUUCUGGAGAUGAACCAUGCUGACUGAAAGUCUUGAAGCAGGAGACUAUUUUUUUUUUUUUUUUUUUUUUUUUAGUUUUUGUUUAUAAUGUGUUGACUCUUGACAUGUUUGCAUCAUUUGAUAGCCGAGUCUUCUAAUUUCCUUAUUAGAUUCCACGAUCAAUUUGUAUAUACAUGAAGAUAUUGAUUUGAUAGAUAGGUAAUGAUUUUUAUCUGAAAUAAUGAAAAUCGAAACAUUAUGGUCAAGAUAAAUACUGAUAAUCAUUGCGCCUUUUCCGUGUA